GCCUGAUGUUAAAUAGACGGACCAUACAAGUGGGCAUGCUUAUUGUUAUGGAGAGAGUGCACAAAAGCUGAACUUACAUAACAAUAUGCAUCGUGGAAUCAUGAAAGAGUUUGGCCUCUUUUCUAUCUGGCUGUUCAUCCACCUGUUGCUGGUCCAUAGCUCCUCCUGUGCUGGUGAGCCAAGUGUUGUGAAUCCUUGCUGUUACUACCCGUGUCAGAACUCAGGAGUUUGUGUGAGGUUUGGUACAGACGGCUAUGAAUGUGACUGCAUUCGCACUGGUUUCCAUGGAGACAACUGCACUGUUCCUGAGUUCUGGACCAGAGUUCAUCUCUUGCUGAAACCCAGUCCUGCGGCCGUUCACUACAUCCUCACACACUUCCAAUUUUUCUGGGACAUCAUCAACAACACUUUCUUGAGAGACACAUUGAUGAGAUUAGUGCUGACAGUUAGAAGCCACCUUAUCCCAAGCCCUCCAACCUACAAUACGAAGUAUGGAUACCUUAGCUGGGAGUCCUACUACAACAUCUCGUACUACACCCGGCUGCUCCCACCUGUACCUGAAGAUUGCCCUCUACCAAUGGGAACUAAAGGUAAAUCUGUUCUUCCUGAUACCAACGUUUUGGCUGAGAGGUUUUUCAGGAGAAAUAAAUUUAGGCCAGACCCUCAGGGGACAAACCUGAUGUUUGCCUUCAUGGCCCAACAUUUCACCCACCAAUUUUUCAAGACAAACCAUAAGGUUCCUGGGGGCUUCACCAAGGCUUUAGGACAUGGGGUAGAUGCCGGUAAUAUCUAUGGCGAUAACCUCGCGCGACAGCUUCAACUCCGCCUUCAUAAAGAUGGAAAGCUAAAAUAUCAGUUAGUAAAAGGUGAGAUGUACCCUCCUAGAGUCUCUGAGGUCCCUGUGCACAUGGUGUAUCCUGAAGCUGUCACUCCUGAGCAGCGUCUUGCCAUUGGUCAGGAGGUGUUUGGCAUCCUGCCAGGCCUCACCAUGUACGCUACAGUAUGGCUAGAGCAUAACAGAGUCUGUGACAUCCUGAAGACAGAGCAUCCCACCUGGGAUGAUGAGCAGCUCUUCCAGACCACCAGACUCAUCAUCAUUGGAGAGACAAUAAACAUCAUAAUCGAAGAGUAUGUGCAGCAGCUGAGUGGUUACCUGCUGAAGAUGAAGUUUGAUCCUACCCUGCUCUUCAACGCACGUUUCCAGUACAGCAACCGCAUCUCUUUAGAGUUCUGUCACCUCUACCACUGGCACCCGCUGAUGCCUGACAGCUUCAUCAUUGACGGAGAAGAAAUCCCAUACUCCCAGUUUAUUUAUAAUACCUCCCUCCUCACGCACUACGGGGUGGAGAAACUGGUGGACGCUUUCUCUCGUCAGCCUGCAGGACAGAUCGGUGGAGGAAAAAACUCUCAUGAAGUUGUUCUCAAAGUGGCAGAAAUGGUCAUCAGAGAGUCCAGAGCAGCCCGUGUGCAGCCCUUUAAUGAAUACAGAAAGAGGUUUAACUUAAAGCCAUACACCUCUUUUUAUGAACUUACUGGUGAGACAGAAAUGGCCAGAGGUUUGGAGGAAUUGUACGGUGACAUAGAUGCUUUAGAGCUUUACACUGGCGUCCUAUUGGAGAAAACUCGUUCUGACGGCAUAUUUGGUGAGAGUAUGGUAGAGAUGGGUGCUCCCUUCUCUUUGAAGGGCCUGAUGGGAAAUCCAAUCUGCUCCCCUGAGUACUGGAAGUCCAGCACCUUUGGAGGAGAGACGGGCUUCAAUAUCGUGAAAACGGCUACUUUGAAGAAACUGGUGUGCCUCAAUACCAAGUGGUGUCCGUAUGUGGACUUCCAUGUGCCAAGAAAUGAGGAGGAAGCAAAACCAAGAAAACCAUCCACUGAACUUUAAAUGAUUUGUCACCUCAUGAGCAGUUAAUGGCUAUAAAGCUAAAACAUGCUAGCUCAGUGUUUUAAGGUCUACCUCUUGAAAGUACAGCUGACAAAUAAUGUACUGAUGUUUAUAGAGAACUGUAAUAAAUGUAUUCAUUAUUCAGCAGGAACAUUUUCCAGAGCUUAUUGGGACUCAUUUGUUCAUCUUUGUUCUAAUAAUUUUUGAUUUGGCAAUUACGGUUGUUACCAUUCAUGCCAAUAAAGCAUCUUGAACUUGU